CGAGACGAUAUCUUGAAUGACCCAGAAGGAUCUUUUGAAAUAUUAGUCAACCCGGUCUCUUACUACAAUGCUGUUUACAUUCUACCACUUCUAUUAUCGCCCAAAAGCAGGGGCUUUAUACUACUGAACGGAACUGAUCCUGUGUGGAGUGCACCCUUAAUUUAUCCUAGUGAUCCAGAUUUGGAUGUUUUAGCGGAAAGUGUGCAAAUAGCUCUAAAAUUGUUUGACACAGAAUCGUUUAAGAAAUAUGACUUUAAAUUGAUUGAUAAACCUUUGCCUGCUUGCAAAGGGUUUGAGUUUGGUGAGAGGGACUAUUGGAAAUGCGUGAUGAUAGAAUAUACAGAAACUAUGCAACAUCAGGUUGGAACUUGCAAGAUGGGACCAAAGUCAGACCCUGAUGCU